CUCCUGCCCAGAGCAGCCCUUUCGUCCCUCCCUGCGCUUUCCCUCCACACCUUCGCGGACACACACACAAAAAAUUGUCAGCUGCCCCCGCCCCGUAUAAAAAACGCACCACCAGUGGCGGCCAAGCCAUCCACUGCCCCCCGCGCAUCGCCAUGGCUCUCGCCGUCCGCACGCCUCGGUUCCAGCCUCGACCGGCCUCCAUUUCUGCGCCCACAACACCCGCAUCGACCUCCCUCGCCGCCGGGAACGCGAGGCCCCGCCCCUGCGCCGGCGCCGCCGUUCGCGCCUCGCCCUUCACCGAGGCCACCUCCUCCUCGCGCUACCGCCGCGACGCCUGGUCAUACGCCGCCGAUGGCUCCUCCAACUCCGCAUCCCCGUCCUCCGCUGCCGCUGCUGCCGCGGGCCGUCGGGAUGACGAGAUCGCGCUGCAGCUGCCGGAACUGCGGAGGCUCCUGGACGUGCUGAGGGCGUCCAGGGGGAGGGGCGCCGAGGAGGGCGGCGGACCCGGGAGGGUGGCACUGGUGGGCACAGGGCCCGGGGACCCCGAGCUGCUCACGCUCAAGGCGGUCCGGGCCAUCGAGGCGGCGGACCUGGUGCUCUACGACAGGCUGGUGUCUAACGACGUGUUGGACUUGGUCGGGGAGGGCGCCAGGCUGCUCUAUGUCGGCAAGACCGCGGGAUACCACAGCCGCACCCAGGAGGAGAUUCACGAGCUGCUGCUGAGCUUUGCGGAGGCCGGUGCCAAUGUUGUGCGCUUGAAAGGUGGCGAUCCUCUGGUUUUUGGAAGGGGUGGAGAAGAGAUGGAUUUCUUACAGCAACAGGGAAUUAAAGUUGAAGUUAUCCCAGGAAUUACUUCUGCUUCGGGUAUUGCAGCAGAGCUAGGCAUUCCGUUAACCCAUAGAGGUGUUGCUACCAGUGUCAGAUUUUUAACUGGCCACUCCAGAAAUGGUGGGACAGAUCCACUAUAUGUAGCUGGAAAUGCGGCUGAUCCAGACACUACUUUGGUUGUGUAUAUGGGUUUGUCAACACUUCCAUCACUUGCUCCAAAGUUAAUGAAGCACGGCCUGCCACCAGAUACCCCUGCUGUUGCAGUAGAGCGCGGGACUACACCCCAACAACGAACGGUGUUCGCCUCGUUGAAGGAUCUUGUGGAUGAAGUCAAGUCAGCCGAUCUAGUUUCUCCAACUCUAAUAAUUAUUGGGAAAGUGGUAUCCUUGUCACCCUUCUGGGUUGAGUCAUCUGAACAUGAUGCACUGAAAGUUCAGAGCUCGUAUGCAAAUGAGGCCAGAUGACAACAGAUUUUCUUGGUUUUUAGUGACUGGACAAUACUUGAGAAAUGCAAGAUCCCAGAUAUGGGAGCACAGGUUCGACCUGGUGUACACAGAAACAUCUCAGGAAGCAUGGAUCCUGAAUGGCGGAUGGUAGCUUAAGCUUAUAACAGACUUGGGGCAGAAGCGCACUUGGACUGAUCAUGCUUGAUUCUUUGGCCUAAUCUACAUGAGAUUCACAAUUUUUCGAUUUAGUUGAGUUCGACAAUAGUUGUGUGCUUCUUUGUUACUAGUAGCCAUGUACGUGCGGCGCACGCGUGUUUACGAUUCUAUGCCCUAGCAUAGUAAGGCUAUUCCAACGCUGCCACGUUAUGAUUUUAUGAUAAUGGGAGUUUCGUAGCACCAUGAUAAUGAGAAAUAGUGCUACGAAGCUCUUAUUAUAUGACAAGUGCCAUAAAUCGUAGCACUUAUGAUUUUAUGAUAAUGGGGAGCUUCGUAGAGCUCUUUCU